AUGGCUAAAUCCAGACUAUUUCUAAAAUGCAUCUUCUUAAAAUCUAACUUUAACCCUAACCACACUGAUAACCUUAUGCCUAACCUUAAAUUAAAAACAAAAGGGACCUUUUUGUUUUUAUACAUUUUUACGAUAUUGACAAUUCUGACUUUGUGAAUGUGGUAACUAACUAGUCACAACGGAACUUCAGUUUGCUGCUAAUUCGAAACGUUAGUAGGAGCUGGCAUGCUAGCUACUGGUGAAAUUGUCCGAAAAAUAAAAAAAAUAAACCGUUUUACUCGAUACAAUACAAUUAGGACCCGCAAAGACGUCCAACAUGAGAGCUGACAUCAUGGAGAAGAUAGUUUCGUUGUCUGAUGGAGAGCGCAUCCCUGAGCUGCAGCAGUACCUCUCAUCCCUGACUGAUGACCAGCUGACCACUGUGGUCACAAACAGUGCGUUGAAGGGGAAGAGCAUUGGAGCCAUGGUCAAAUCCAUAUUCAAAGGCUCUCUGCCCAGUGCCCCAGAGGGGGCGAGUCGCAGGCUGCUCCUGUACCAGCACUGCAUCCCCCUGUGUGAGUCUGGAGAUCUCCAGACAGAGGUGGCAUCAGACAUCAUUGGACUGCUGAUGCUAGAGACCCACAACCUGCCCGGCCCCUCUCUGGCACAGCUGGCGUCUCUCUUCGUUGAUGCCAUUAAGUUGGGUAAGAUGGGCAGUGGCAAAUCCCUGGAGCUCUUCCCCACAGUCCUCACUGCCCUGGCUGCCACUGAGGCUCUAUCCUAUGGCAAAGGUGAGCUCAGUGGGGAAGAGUACAAGAAGCAGCUCAUCAACAGCCUCUGCUCCAGCAGAUGGGACCCACAGUGUGUGAUCCACUUGACCACUAUGUUCAGGGAUGUGCCCUUGGCCCCAGAGGAGCUGCAGUUCCUGGUCGAGAAGGUCCUGAGGAUGUUCUUCAAACUAGACCUGCAGGAGAUCCCACCUUUGGUCUACCAGCUGCUGCUGCUGGCUGCUAAGGGCUGUAAGAAACAGGUCCUGGAAGGAAUCAUCAGCUACUUUAAAGAGCAGGAUCUUCGCCAGAAAGAGGAACAGAAAGAUGGAGAGAGUAUGGAUGUGGAGGUUCAGUCCAUUCCUCAGGACCAGCUGAGGCAUGUGGAGGGCACAGCCAUCCUGCAUAUAGUUUUUGCCGUGCGGCUUGACCAGGAGCUGGGGAGGGAGUUCCUGAAAAGUGUUAAGGGGUCCCAGGGGGAGCUCUGUCCGUUCAGCAUUGCUCUGCUGCUCUCGGUGGCCAGGAUUCAACGCUACGAGGAGCAGUUGUUUGAUUUCUUGAAGGGGGCGAUCACUAAGGGCUUCAAGGAUGAGCAGCUGCAGCAGGGCUCCAAGUUCCUGCAGGACCUGCUGCCUCAGCGCUGCAGCUUUGCUCAGAUGAUCCUGGACACUGUCAAGAACAGUGUGUUUGGCUGGGACCAUGUGACCCAAGGGCUGGUCCAACUGGGCUUCAUCCUCAUGGACGCCUUUGGCCCCAAGGCAGGGCCGUUCGGGAAGACUGCAACCGAAGGGGCCAACGCCACAGCCAAAACACCCACACAGCAGGCCUGUCGGCUGGGGGGACAGGUACUCUUGGAGGGCUUCAAGAUGCAUGAGCCAAUCAGGGGUGAGAUUCUGGAGCAAGUCCUGAACCGAUUGGUCACCAAAACGGCCUCCCCUGUCACUCAUUACAUAGAUCUCCUCUCGGACAUUGUGGUCUCGGCUCCCAUGAUCCUUCUGGAGUCAUCAUCCAAGGUGACAGAGACGUUUGAUCACCUGUCCUACCUGCCACUGGCCACCGUGCAGGGGCUACUCAAGGCUGUCCAGCCUCUGCUGAAGGUCAGUAUGUCCAUGAAGGAUGCUCUGAUUCUCGUUCUGAGGAAGGCCAUGUUCUCCAGCCAGUUGGAUGGGAGGAAAUCUGCGGUGACGGGCUUCCUGCUGCUGCUGAAGAACUUCCGGGUCCUGGGUAGCAUGGCUUCCAGCCAAGCCAGCCAGGCCAUCUCCUCCAGCCAGGUCCAGGUGGACGUUCACUCCCGCUACAACUCUGCUGCCAACGAGGCCUUCUGCCUGGAGAUCCUCAGCAGCCUGCGCCGAUGUCUGGGCCAGCAGGCCGACGUACGACUCAUGCUCUACGAGGGUUUCCAUGAUGUCCUCCGCCGCAACUCUCAACUAGCAAGCUCCAUCAUGCAGACCCUGCUCUCGCAGGUGAGGCGAUACUAUGAGCCAGAGCAGGACCUUCUGCCCCCAGUGAAGCUGGAGUUAUGCAUCGGUGCUCAAGGAGACCAAGUCUUCCUCCAGGAGCCUCUGGCCCAUCUGUUGAGUUGCACAGUCCACUGCCUGCUGUGGUACCAGGGAAUGCGCCGUUCAGCCCGGCCCAACGCAGGCGGGAGUGACGAUGAUGAUGAUGAUGAAGAGGGGGGAUUUCAGAACGAGCUGCAGAGCAUCCUGGAGAGCAUCAUGCGCCGGAUGAUCAAGUGUGAAUUGGAGGACUUUGAGCUGGAUAAGUCGGCUGAGUUCUCCCUGUCCAGUGUGGGGGUGAAGAAUAGCAUCUACGCCAUGCUGGUGAUGGGAGUGUACGAGGUGCUCAUCGAAUACAACUUCACCAAGGCCAACUACAGUAAGAGUCUUUUCGAGGAACUGCUGGAGCUGUUUAGUCGCUAUAACAAGCUGUCUGAGAUCCUGAAGGAGAAGUCUGGAAAGGGCAAGAACAGCAAGAGCCCUCGAAGCCUGCUGUCUAUGGGCUUUGUGUCAACACUGCUCACUGCACUCUUCAGAGACAGCGCUCAGAGCAGAGAGGAGGCUCUGUUGGUGCUGCGCUCUAGUGGGGACUUCCUGCGUUACGCUGUGAGCGUGGCUCUGCAAAAGAUUACACAGUUGGAGGAAACUGGACACACUGACGGCCCCGACGGACAGAACACAGACAAGACCUUCCACCACCUCUGUGACAUCACUAGUGUCUUGAUGUGGCGGUACACCAACAUCCCGUGUGCAGUGGAGGAUGCUGGGAAGAAGGAGAAGCGUUGCAGUGUGUCGCUGCUGUGUCUGGAGGGCUUGCUGAGGAUCUUCAGCACCGGGCAGCAGCGCUACCCAGCCAGGGUGGCCCAGCUCCUUUCUGCCAUCGAUGUCUCUGUGGAGGAAGGGAGUGAUCAUGGGCCAGGGAAUGCCAGCGUCACAGAGAAGACUGCUUUCUACAUUCGCCAGUUCCAGAGGGCACUGUUCACCCAGCUGAGUGGAGGGGAGGAGGACUUCAACAGCAAGGAGGCUCAGCUCCUGGUAAACAUCCUGAGUGUGCUCUCACGCCAGCUGGAACCCUCCUCCCAGCAGUUUGUUCAAAUGAUCACCUGGACAGUGAAAAUCUGCAAGGAGACCAGCUUUGAGGACGUAGCGUUCAGUAAAGGCCUGCUCUCCCUGCUCUUCAGUGUGCACGUGCUCUACAAGAGUCCCGUCAGUCUGUUGUGGGAGCUUUGUCAAGACAUACACAGUCAGCUGGGAGACAUCGACCAGGAUUUGGAAGUGGAGAAGCAGUCUCACUUUGCCAUCGUCAACAUGAAGACCGCUGCGCCGACAACACUCCUGGUGCUGUCUCAGGUGGGGAAAGUAUUGGAUGAGGUGGACUGGCUGAUCACCAAGAAGAAAGGCCAGUUGGUCCCUGACAGGCUCAGCUCUGAUGAUACCACCCAGGCUGUGGGCCAGCAGGACCCAGUGGAGAAGGCGCUGACGCUGCAGCUGGGGACUCUCCUGACGGCCCUGAACGAGCUGGUCCAGACCGCCCUGCCAUCUGGAGUCUGCACUAACACACUGCUGGGAGAGCUGAGCCGUACAUACACCAUUCUCACCACUCUGGUCAAAUAUUAUAUCCAACUGUGCUCAGGCCAACAGGGCCUGCUCCCAGCACGCGUGGAGAAGCUGGUCAAGCUGUCCGGCUCUCACCUGACUCCACAGUGCUACUCCUUCAUCACCUACGUGCAGAGUGGUGAGCUGGCCGGUGGAGGUGCAGAUGAUAAAAAGAAGAAGAAAAAGGAGGGGGAGGCCACUGCUACAGCAUCAGCCAAACUCCUACGUGAGACCAAGGCCAUUCCCAACCUGAUCUACAGUAUAGAACAGUAUGAGAAAUACCUCAUCACCCUCUCCAAGAAAUCAAAGGUAAACCUGAUGCAGUACAUGAAACUGAGCACGUCCAGAGAUUUCCGCAUCAACGCAGCCACUCUGGAGGCAGUGCUGCAGGAGCACGACAACAGUCAGCAAACCAUAGCCUCUCAGGAGCCAGAGCAGAGCCAGGAGCCCAAGAAGAAGAGGAAGAAGCAGUAAUGGAAAUCAAUAAUACCCUGGCCCUUCUAAACCUCUCAGUACACUCCUCUCUUAAGUUGCCCCCAUUCAUCCGGAUGCGUUCUCAUGAUCUGCUGAGUUGGGUUGUGCUCAUUAGGCCACACUGUAGCAAAAUGUUUUGCAACAGAAAACAAAAGUGUUUCUUAUUGGACAAGUUCAGAUAGCCCCGCUUCGGACCGUUUUCUUCUAUUUAGUGCCUUAUUAUCAUGAACCUGCAUAGAACCAUUAGUUCCUAUUGACGUCAUUGGUUUGAUGACUCAGUGCCUGGGUUGGGGCAGCUCUGGAGGACCUGUGUAUCUAUCCCAUGAAGCCUCUGGCUGCACUAGCUACAUCAGAGGACUGCUCGUUUCACCCUGUUAUUUCCCUUUCCCCAGAGAGCCUUUGGUGAUGUCUGAUUUGGUAUAUGUUCAGGGCUUCACCUGUGAAGAGUCAAUGUGUUGUUAUUCAAGGUAUACAUACUGUACAGAGAAAAAUAAAAAAAACGUUUGUAUUAUGAUUAUUUGUUAAAAGCUUUUACUAAGAAGAUUGAGAGCAUUUCUGCUGUAUUUAUUAAUUUACAGUACAAAUGCCACUAUGUAAACAUGUUUCUUACUUUACAAGCUUAAGAAUUAUACAUUAAAUGUAAUUGUGUGAAAUAGAUUUUUUUUUUUGCCCAUUUGUGUGUUCACUGCCAGUCAACACUACUUCCAUCUGGUAUCAGUGCUUUUUUUCUAGUGUUUUGAACAGCCAAAGCUGCUGUAUACAGUUUGAGGUAACAUGGUUUGUAAAAGCAACACAAUACUUUAUAUACUGAAUUAAAAGAUAAAGGCAACGUGUAAAGUGUUGGUCACAUGUUUCAUGAACUGAAAUAAAAGAUGCCAGAAAUGUUCUAUGCGCACAAAAAUCUUA